UUUCCUUAAAAAAAACUUUGUUUAAUAAUUUUGAUUGUUGCUAAAAAAGUGAUUCAAGGGAAGGUUCAUUAAACAAAAAAGAGAUGAAAAAUCGACCCGGUGGCAAUAAUAUCGUCACAGAAUGGGAGGACAACAUUCUGUUCGAUCCAGACGAUCCCGAUUUUUGUAAUCAAACACAAAAUCCUCCAUCUGUUGUAGUUAAUGCUGGACAAAUGCCACCAUUUACUAUCAUGGUUUCAACAAACAUGUCUAUUGCCAGUGUACAUCAACCACAAAUCAAUGACAUGUACAGUCCACUUGGACGAAGCAGUAUAAGUAUGUCAUCGUCGCUGUCAGAUUUAGUUGGCAGUCCAUUGGAAAUUUCCAUGGAUAAUGUUCUAACUAUAGAAGAGCUACGUGCCCAUAUGGGAUCAUGUUUCACAUGCGGUGUAUCUUGGACUGAUGAUCAUGUAUCAUUGGAUUGUGGUGAAUGUGGUGGAUAUAGUUUAGAGAGACCAUGCCCAUUGUGUGAUGGACAAUGUGGUGUUCAAUGGAAGCGAGACUUUACAAUGUCCCAUGCCUGCAGUAAAGCUCGUUGGCAAGGAGUUUGUACCAGUUAUCCAGAAGCCUUACUUUCUGCACCAACCAUCGUUCCAUCUGUCACCGCUGCAUCAUGUGCCGCAUCAAAUCAACUGCGAUUAGCACAAGAAUUAUGUGCGAGAUUAGAACAACUGUCAGCCAGUGCUCACACAUGAUUGCAUUAUUCUUAAGACAUCCAUCAACCACCAAUUUAAACCACAAUAGACCAACAACAACUAUAGUGAUGAAAGAAGAGAGAUAGAAGAUAAUAAAAAAAUUAUAUACAUCAAGUUAAUUUAAGCUAUUCUGCGAAAGCUUUUGCUACUUAUGUAUUUGUUUUUUUUUUUUGUACUAGAUUGUUAAUAAUUAUUAUUAUUAAGUUUUAGUUUGUGUAUAAAAAUAGUUUUUUUGUUAAGAAUUUGAAUCAAUUUUAACGAGACUUCAUAUUAUUUUUAUUUUUGUUAAAAUCGGAUAAGAUUUUAACGAUAAAAAUAUUUAAGCAACCUGUUGUUUCUCGUUGGUUGUUUCCUUAGCUAAGAUUUUUUGUUUUUUUAUUAGUGAUGGUUUUAGUCUAAGCUAUUAUCUGUCAAAAUUUCUUAGUUUUUUCUUACUUUAUUACUUUUUUUUUAAAUUAAGAUACGAUGACGCUCAAUAUUAUGUUUCCUUAAACGAAAAAAAUACAAUUUAGGGAACUUUUAAGAAAGAAACUUAUUUUUUUCUUGUAGAUAAAUGUUGUAUCCUAUAAAUAAAAAUUAAAGAAAAGACUAUUCUAUUACAUAAACUAACAAAAUACACCCACACAUAAGUAAAUCAAUAUGUAUAUAUAAACACAAAUAUAUUACAGGUGACAGAGAAAAAAAAAUUAAA